AUGAUUCGAAAUGACCGUACCUCGUCAGUUGGAGGCGGAGUCUGUGCUUACAUUAACUCAAAAACAAAAGUUAGAAGAAUCUACGACUUCGAAAAUUCUUCCAUCGAAUCUUUAUGGAUGUCAGUGAGAUCUAAUCGUUUGCCAAGAUCCAUUCCAGUUCUAUUACUCGCUGUUAUAUAUCAUAGUACUUCACGCGACGCAACGGAAAACUGCGAGCUAUAUAAUCAUAUUCAAGGCAAUGUGGAUCUUUUCCUUCUGAACCACCCGGAUGCACUUGUUAUGAUAUGUGGUGACUUUAAUCCAGUAAGUAUUGGUUUCAAUGCUAAUAGAAUUAAACAGAUAUCUGGUCUUCGUCAAAUUAGUAACGUUGCGAUGAGAGGAGAGUCUAAUUUGGACUGGUGGCUGAUAAAAAUGAAACAUCUUGAUUUCCAGAUAAUUCAAUUGCCACCGGUUGGUUCGAGUGACCAUAACUCAAUCAUAGUAAAGAGUCAUUUACAUCGUGUAACCAAUCCCUCUAACGACAGAGUAUGGAAACGUGAUUUACGGGACAGUAAUAUAAGGUUUUUCGGACAGUGGAUAACCAAUUUCGAUUGGUCGCCAGUUUUUGAAAUAUCCGAUUGCGAUGUAAAGUAUAAUGAAUUAAAUGUUAUCAUGUCUGGUAUGAUUGAAAGUUUUUUCCCUAAGCGGCAGUUGAGAACAAGAAAAUCAGAUAAAGCAUGGGUAACCCAAUCGUUAAAAUCGUUAAUCAAGAGACGUCAGAGAGCCCUUCAUUUGUAUGGGAAAUUUUCACAUAUUUAUAAAUAUUGGCGAAAUAAAGUUCAGCAAGAAGUUAAAACUGCUCGUAAAAGGUUUUACCACCAGUCGGUCAAGAUGUUAAAGAAUACAAACCCAGCAAGGUGGUGGAAAGAGAUCAAAUCCCUUGGUGGUUUAUCAUUUCAACAGUCUUGGUACCAUCAUCUGCUGUCGGAUGAUAACCCUAAUUGUGUGGACCUUUCUGAGUCUUAUGACUUCUUAGUUGGUCUCACUGCUUACUUUGAACCCUUGGCUCGCUGUCAUCAGAUUGAAGAGACUGAAGUGCCAGAUUAUGUUACGGUAAAUCCUGGACAAGUUUAUCCAGCGCUGCGGCGUAUUAAAACAACAAAAUCACAGGGUCCUGAUGGCAUCCCAAACAAAGCAUUGAAGACUUUUCCUUUUCCAAAUAUUAUUGAUGUUUCUUAG